UUGAUCCUAUAUGGCGGAAGGAUUCCUUCCGUGUUGGACACAGUGUGAGCCCGACACAAAGAGGGGAGGCCAAGAGUGUCAACAUGACAGACAUGGGCGCCGAGACCGCCGCCCACACCGAGCCCAUGGCUGAUGAAGAGGAGCCUCUUUUCAGCAACCUGGACCUCUUCCUCUUCUCCCUGAUCAUCGGCCUUGUUAUUUACUGGUUCAUGUCCCGCAAGAAGCCUGAGCCCAUCCCCGAAUUCAAGAAGCUCGACACACCAGCACCGACCACAAGAGAGACCAGCUUCAUCGAGAAAAUGAAGAAAACAGGCAAGAACAUCAUUGUGUUCUACGGCUCCCAGACCGGCACCGGAGAGGAAUUCGCUAACAGACUGUCCAAAGACGCUCAGCGCUACGGCAUGAAAGGAAUGGCUGCUGAUCCAGAGGAGUAUGAAAUGGGGGAGCUGGCCCGUCUGUCUGAGAUUAAAAAUGCCCUCGCCAUAUUUUGCAUGGCCACGUACGGUGAAGGAGACCCAACAGAUAACGCCCAGGACUUCUACGACUGGCUGCAGGAAAAUGAUGAUGAAGAUCUCUCUGGACUAAACUUCACAGUAUUUGCUUUGGGCAACAAGACAUAUGAACACUACAAUGCAAUGGGAAAAUACGUCGACAAAAGGCUGGAAGAACUCGGGGCUAAGCGCAUCUUUGACCUCGGUUUAGGAGAUGAUGAUGGCAAUCUGGAAGAGGAUUUCAUCUCAUGGAGAGAGCAGUUCUGGCCGGCCGUCUGUGAACACUUUGGAGUUGAAGCCUUAGGAGAUGAUUCAAGCAUUCGUCAGUACGAGCUGAAGGAGCACACCGACAUCAACAUGAACAAAGUCUACACAGGAGAGAUCGGUCGCCUGAAGAGUUUUGAGGUCCAAAAGCCGCCCUUUGAUUCGAAAAACCCUUUCCUGGCCCCCGUCACUGUCAAUCGCAAACUCAACAAAGCCGGUGAUAGACAUCUUAUGCACCUGGAACUAGAUAUAACUGGCUCCAAGAUCAGAUAUGAGUCGGGAGACCACGUUGCCGUUUUCCCCACAAAUGACUCUGCAUUGGUGAACAAACUGGGACAAAUCCUUGGAGUGGACCUUGAUGCGGUUAUCUCUCUUAACAACCUUGAUGAGGAGUCCAACAAGAAGCACCCAUUCCCCUGCCCCACCACCUACCGCACAGCGCUCACUCACUACCUGGACAUAACAAACCCCCCUCGCACCAACGUCCUCUAUGAGCUGGCACAGUACGCCACCGACCCAAAAGACCAGGAGAACAUGCGCAAGAUGGCCUCUUCCUCACCUGAGGGCAAGGCUCUCUACCAGAGUUGGGUGUUGGGUGCCUGUAGAAACAUCCUGGCCAUCCUGGAGGAUAUGCCUUCUUUGAAGCCUCCCGUUGACCACAUGUGUGAGCUGCUGCCUCGUCUCCAGGCUCGCUAUUAUUCCAUUGCCUCCUCCUCAAAGGUUCACCCCAACAACAUCCACAUCUGUGCUGUGGUGGUGGAGUACGAGACCCUGACUGGCCGCACCAACAAGGGAGUUGCCACCAACUGGCUGAAAAACAAACUGGUCACUGACAACGGCCACAAGUCCACUGUUCCCAUGUUCAUCCGCAAGUCUCAGUUCCGCCUGCCUUUCAAGGCCACCAACCCAGUGAUCAUGAUCGGACCUGGGACCGGAAUUGCUCCCUUCAUGGGCUUCGUCCAAGAAAGAGCCUGGCUCAAAGAACAAGGAAAGGAAGUUGGAGAGACGGUGAUGUAUUUCGGCUGCAGACACAAGAACGAGGAUUAUCUCUACCAGGAGGAGCUGGAGGAAGCAGAGAAGAAUGGAGUUCUAACACAGCUUAAUGUUGCAUUCUCCAGAGACCAGGACCAAAAGGUGUACGUGCAGAAUCUCCUGAAGACGAAUAAGGAGCAUGUCUGGAAGCUGAUUCACUCAGACAACGCUCAUAUCUACGUCUGCGGGGAUGCAAAGAGAAUGGCUCACGAUGUGCAGACGACCCUCUAUGAGAUAGGAGAAGAGCUGGGAGGCAUGACGCGCACACAGGCCACAGAUUACAUCAAGAAACUGAUGACCAAGGGACGCUACUCACAAGAUGUCUGGAGUUAAAGAUGCUCAGACCCAGCCUCACUACUCAAAGUGGUGCUUUUAAAUGUUCUAUUUUUAUUGUGGGUCUUGUUUUAUCAGGACUGAAUAUAAAAAAAACAUUAAACAUGUGUGUUCAUCACCCUGAUUCAUGAGAGCUACAGGUAGGAGAAAAUCAUGAGGCAAACACUACCUCAGCAUAUUCAAUCUGUGUUUUGUAAGGGUACUCCAUAAUGUAUCUGGACCUCUAGUGUGUGCUUGAGUCCUCACUUGAGCCGAGGUCUUACACCCAACAGCAUUUACCCCAUCUGCAGCAAAGUCAUCCUCAUUUCAGAUUUUAUUUUUUUGAGAUUCAGUUUUAUAUUAAUGAGUUUAUAACUUUAUAAGCAGCUGAUGACAAAUCUGAGUGCUAUGGACAUCUGGAUCUACACAAUAUAAUUCCGCUGAGAAUAUAAAUAUUUAAAUUGAAAAUGUAGAAAUCUCAUUCAGUUUUGCCAUCUUUAUACAUUUGUAACAUUCAUCUAAUUGAUUGACUGACUUAUAGACGUAACACCAAAGCAAAUAAUAUUGGAUCAUGCAUAAGUCUAAAGUGAAUAUACUAGAGCAUGUGUGUUUACUGGUGCAGUGUGAAGGGUGCUGACUUCAGUUUCUCUCAGACGAACUUGGAAUAUUUAGAAAGUACUUAAAAUGCAUUAAAUCCUUUAGACAAUAUGUAUAAAAAUGUAAUAACUAGUAUGCAAUUAUCUUUUGACAAGGGAUUUUGUCCGUUAUGCAUAAGUUGUUGUUAAUUUGAUCAGUAACUUUAUCCUUUUGAGAGGCACAAACAGUAAUGCAAAGGGGAAGAUCAUUUACAGAUAAAAACAUGAUCAAUAUGUGCUUUUUAUCUCUCAUAAUAGUAGGGCUUCAAACAUGAUGAAAAUGAAUCUGUAAGUACCCUGAAAUAUUUGUCAAAUGUUAAUUAGAAAUAUGCUUCAAACCAGAUCUGGAUUCCCAAAUGGUGGUUGUUUAUUUGAUAUGCAUCUGACACCAAAUGAGUAUGAAAUGGGAUUGUAUUGUGGCAGUAAUACCCGGACAUAUGACACCCACCUCUGCUCGAUUAUCUGUAUUUACAAAAAAAAAAAAAAAAAAGUAUUUUGUCUGAUCACAUAUGCACCACUACAUGGAGAACAUGACCAGACAUAUCAAAACACUUGGUUUGUCUCACAGCAUCUGUUAGUCUGUCCUUUUUUGUGAAUAUGGGGAGUUUGAGGAGUUCAGCCAACCAGAUGAAGUACUGCUUGUGCCUUUUUACCACUGCCUUAUGUAUUUAGUUAGCAUUUAAGCCCUGACGCCUGACUGUCUUUCUAACAGUUUUUUUUGUUCUUUCAUGCUUAAAAAGUCACUUUACCCAGUGCUGUCCCUUUUUGGCAUUGCUCUUUAUGGUGUAACAGUUUGAUUUUAUCAAGGCAAGCAUUUUUUAAUGAAUAAAAUUGGAAUAAUUUGU